ACCGAGAAAGAGCAGAGACAAAGAGGUUCAGCCAACCCAGGCUGACCAUGCAAAUGACAGUACACUCCACUCCACUCCAUUAUGAGGGUGAAAAUGAUCCCCUCACUUUUCUCCCAGUGUCACCUUUAGUAGAACGGUCCUAUGGGAAUCCAGUAUUUAAGGAGAAAGAAGCAGACCGUGGAGGUGAUUUUGCUGAAUCAAGUAAUGUGUUUAGAGUCUACUCUUGGAGGCAAAUGGAGGACUUGUUUCAUACUCAAUUCUAUCGUUGUGAACCGGAAGUGUCUAUGGCAGACUUGUCGAGGUUAGCCCAAAAGCCUGGAGAGUCGUCUGAGGCAUUCCUUGCUAGAUUCCGGAGAGCCAAACUGAAAUGUAGAGUUGCACUACCAGAACAGGAAUUUACUAAGCUGGCUCAAAAUGAAGAUGUUCAAAAGAAAGUUGCAUCACAUGGAACCUAUUACAGUGACCCUCAUUUUGAACUUGAUGUGGCUGAGGUUGUUACAGACAAGCUUGUUGUUUGUCCAGACCAGCUUGUUGUUUGUCCAGACCCUGUCAGACCAACUCACCAGCCUGAGACGUCUAUGAGAUGUUAUGUUGGUGAGGCUGGAAAACAAUAUACUUUUGAUGUGUCAAAAGCUAGUGAUAUAUUCGACCACCUUAAAAAGAGUGGUCUGGUUAAGCUACCGCCAGGACCUAAAAUCCCGACAGUGGCUAAAAUUGGAGUUAGAGAUUAUUUCAAAUUUCAUAAUUUUUGGAAGCAUUCUACUGAUAAUUGUCUUAUUUUUCAUAAUGUCUUGCAAGAAAAUAUUGAUAAGGGUAUCUUGAAAUUUCCAAACAAAGCGAAGGAAACCAUGGGAGUGGAUGCAAACCCUUUUCCAGCUGUGUUUGUCAACGUGAAUGUUGCAGGCCUUAGGAGUGUUGCUAGAAAUCGUAGUCUGCCUUAUGCUCAAAGGAACCUUGCUGCUGAAGACUUGAGGUGGGUUCUUAAGGCACAGAGAUCCAGACAUAGCAGAAGCGUCAGGUCAGACCAACAGAGGCUCGGAGGGCAAGGAAGGAUCAUUGUGACCAGGAACUUCAGCCCAAAAGGUACCAGACGUUACUCAACUGGUACUAGGUCUCCAAGGAUGGCCAAAUUGCCACUCAGGUCACCUUCCAAACGAUGGGAGAAAGUCGAUCAUCCCAAGUUUCCAGCCCAGAAUCCCAGAACCUUGAGGCGCAGACUACAACGCAAGAGGGCUGAAGAGCGGAAAAGGCAACAGCAACAGAUGGAAGCUAAGGGAAGUUCAUCUCGUAGACCACGCCAACCUACAAAAGGGAAUAUGGUGUGGAUGAGAAAAGAGAAAAAGGAGGUUAAGGAGGAGGAACCAAUCGUCUGUGAGUUCCCAGAACAAACAGAAGAAGAGGUAAUCGUUGUUCCAACUCAAGAUGAUGAAGAGGAGGACAUGGCUGACAAAAUUGUGUUUGAAAAACCAGAAGAAAAGAUGGCCAGACACAUUAGGCCACUUUAUAUCAAUGCUCACAUGGAUGGGACUCCAAUCAGCCGUGUCUUGGUGGAUAAUGGAGCUGCAGUCAAUGUCCUUCCAACUUGCAUGCUCUACAAAAUAGGCAAGUCUCUUGAUGAUUUAGUGUAUACUGAGGUUACAAUUAGUGAUUUUACAAGAGGGGUGAAUCGUUCAAGGGGUGUGCUGCCUGUUGAAUUAACAGUGGGAAAUAUGGCACUUAUGUCUGCAUUUUUGGUGGUGGAUACUGUUGCUACUUACAAUGCACUUUUGGGGCGUGACUGGAUUCAUUCAAGUUGGUGUGUCCCUUCUUCACUUCACCAGAAACUGAUUUUCUGGAAUGGUGGCAAGGCUGAGGUCGUGUCUGCAGAUGAUAAGCCUUUUUCAGCUAAUACUCACCUGGUAGAGGCUAGAUAUUAUGAAGAAAACAUUGGUACCAUUCGAUCUUUUGGGAUGGAUGGACAUGGGAAACCGAUUGGGAUAACAGUAUGCAGCAGACCGUCUUUGUCUAAACGUGCUGUAGAGGAACAAGCUCGUCAGAGACAGGAAAGAGAAAAGGCUGUGUUAGAGAUAACAAAGAAAUUAGCGGCCUAUUUUGCUGAAAAAGUAGUUCAAGUAGACAGGUCUGAAAUUGUUCAUGAAGGUGAGGAGGCAGACCGAGGUGAUGAAAUAACUUUGGAGGAGAUGGAUCUGGCCCCAACCAAAUUGGAUGAUUUAAAAGUUGAAGUUCAAGACCCACUAGAGGAGAUCAAUCUAGGGUAUGCAGACUGGUUGUCAAAUGUAAUGCUUGUGCUGAAAAAGAAUGGAAAAUUAAGAGUCUAUGUUGAUUUUCAAAACCUGAAUUUAGCUACACCAAAGGAUGAGUAUCCUAUGCCAAUUGCAGACUUGUUGGUUGAUGGAGUAGCCCGUCAAAAAAUUCUAUCUUUCAUGGAUGGUCAUAGUGGGUACAACCAAAUUUUUAUUGCAAACGCAGACGUUCUUAAGACGACCUUUCGAUGCCCAGGUGCUGUUGGAACUUUUGAAUGGGUUGUGAUGCCAUUUGGUCUGAAGAAUGCUGGAGCUACUUAUCAAAGAACCAUGAAUGCAAUUUUUCAUGAUAUGAUUGGUAAAUUCAUGGAAAUCUAUAUUGAUGAUGUUGUGGUGAAGUCACAUGGCGAAGCAGACCACCUGGUCCAUUUGAGGAAGGCUUUCGAGCGGAUGAGGCAACAUGGCUUGAAAAUGAACCCACUAAAGUGUGCCUUUGGAGUGUCUGCGGGUAACUUCCUUGGGUACUUGGUGCAUGAGCGUGGUCUGGAGGUUGACAAGAACAAAGCCAGGGCUGUGAUUGAGGCGAAACCACAACAGAACAAGAAGGAGUUGCAAAGAUUUCUUGUCCAAGUUAAUUUUUUACGACGAUUCAUUUCUAACUUGGCUGGGAAAACCAGAGUCUUUUCUCCUCUGUUGAAACUCAAGUCUAAGGCAGAUUUUAAGUGGGAAGAGCACCACCCGUGGGACUCACAGCUAGUCUUGAAGCAAUUGUCUGGUGAGUACAAAUGUACUAGCCUUGCCUUAGCCCCUUAUUUUGCCUUGGCUGUGAAAUUACUAGAAGAGUUUGACGAUGUGUCCAUCAGACAUGUGCCUAGAGACCAGAAUUAUGAAGCUAAUGAAAUGGCCCAGAUUGCUUCAGGUCUACGAAUCCCUGAAGGUGUAAUGCAGAAGGUUAUAAUAGUUGAAAAGCGCAGUAUGCCAUCAAUUCAUCAACGUGGCAUGACAAUUUCUACCUGCAGCAUUGAUGUUACCCAGACAAACUGGCACUUUCCAAUUAUGCAGUACCUUAAGGACCAAAACGCUAAGGUAUCUAAGAAAACCAAAAUGCAAGCUCUUAAUUAUGUUUUGGUUGAGAAUGUGCUUUAUAGGAGAGGCCAUGAUGAACUACUGCUGCAUUGUCUGGGUCCAGAUGAAAGUUUCCAGAUGUUGUCUGAUGUCCAUGAUCGGAUUUGUGGUGCACACCAGGCUGGGAACAAGAUGCGCUGGUUAAUUCGCAGACAUGUGGCAACGGAUUAUUUUACCAAAUGGGUGGAGGCUAAACCAAUGAAGAAGGUAGACCAAUCUGAUGUAAUCAAGUUCAUCAAAGAGGACAUUAUUCACAAAUUUGGUCUACCAGAAACAAUUACAACAGACCAAGGCACAGUUUUUGUCAGCCAUCAAGUGGAGGCAUUUGCAAAGGAAAUGGAUUUCCGUCUGUUAAAUUCUACUCCUCAUUAUGCACAAGCUAACGGGCAAGCGGACGCUUCUAAUAAGGUGUUAACAGCUAGGUCUUUAAGAAUAGCAAUUCAGCAUAAUCUCCAGUCUGGGGAAUAUGACGAGGCUAUGAUGCUUGAGCUUGAGGACCUUGAAGACACACGUUUGGCAGCUUUGGAUAGAUUGCAAGCUCAAAAACUUAAAAUUGCAAAGUCUUACAACAAGAGGGUAAAAGGUAAAAAUCUGGCAGUUGGUGACUUGGUCUGGAAAGCAAUUUUACCUUUUGGCAAGAAAGAUCAUAGAUUUGGGAAAUGGUCCCCAAAUUGGGAAGGACCAUUUCGAAUUCAUGAAGUGUUGAGAGGGGGUGCUUAUUGGUUGGAGUCGCUUGAUAGAGAGCUUCAUCCUAGAAAAAUCAAUGGAAUUUAUCUCAAGCCUUAUUAUCCCAUAGUCUGGGAGGCAAGAGGCUUAGAGUCCCAAGAAGCUAGCAAGUUUGAUCGAGCGGCCAUGACUGGCUGUGGAUGGCUGGAUGCGCUCAGACAAAGUCAGCUAUGAAAAAGUUGGGAAUACUUGCUGCAAUCAUCUUGGGAUUUAGCAGAUUUUGCACGUGGCCUUUGAAGUCUGAAAGGUAAUUUAAAAUUUAAACACUUGGAUUUAUUCCCAUAAAACCAAGUGUUGGGGGGCAUUGUUUACACCUAAAAUAAACCAAUAGGGUAAGG